AAGAACGAAACAAGAAAGGAAGCGGGAGGAGUCAACGCGAGAGGCGGUUGAGGUGAGGGAACUGGUUGCGGAGCUGGCCGGGGCAGACUUUUCCCUGGGCUCGCUGAAGAGAAGGAAAAAGGCUGGCGGGAAGGAAACCUGCGCGCCAGACUCGCGGGACGUUCUCGGUGAAGGAAACAACACGCCCGGCCGGCUGGGUCAAAAGCAGUCAAGAGGGCCCCGCGGGCAAUGGCGGCUCGGAAUAGGAACUGCUCGGUCGACUCUCCUUAGCCGAGAAGCGGACUUCCAACUGUGUGUGUGUUGCGGGGGAGAGACAGCCGGACUGGCGCUGGGGUCGUCGACUUUUGACACCCGCGGUCGAGCUGAGUUCCCAGGCGUUGCUGCUGCCUCCCUCCCUCCCCGGAGCUGUGGCCAAGACCGCCUCAGACCGCUGAAGGUGCGUGGCGGCUACCAGAACUGGCCGGGCCAUGGAGGCGCCGGCGGAGAACCCGAGCAAGGCGGCGGAGUACCUCAAGGAACUCAACAAGAUCAUUGAGACGCAGCAGGAGCUGCUGGAGAAGCAAAAGCUUCGGAUAGACGAGCUCGAGCAGCAAGUGGCCAAGAUGUACCACGAGAACGCCCGGCUCCAGGAGGAGCACCGGCGGCACCUGGCCACUUGCAGGCUGGUGCUUCUGCAGCAGCAGCAGGGUGCCCUGUCCGCACCGCCGGGGAAGGGGCAAGAAAUCUCCCAGCAUGAAAAGUCUGAAAGUGAAAAUUCAAGAAGCAUCAG